CCACGUCACCGCGGCCCUGGAAGCUCCCUGAGACUUGGAAAGCUAGGAUGGCGUGAGCAUGCGCAAGCGGCGUUUCCCGGGCAACGCACUGUGGAGGGUGGGGCAGAUGGGCGGGCACUUUGUUUUACAGGGCUGCGCGGGGCUGUGGGUUCCCGCUUUACCAAGUCUGGCAGCCCGUGGUGAGACAGAGGAGACCAAGCCGCCCACGAUAGUGGAUCCACCACCCAGAUGCCGAGAUGUUUCAUGGAACAAUCACUAAAGAGCUUACCUGCCAUGAGGAAUGGAGUCACUAUAAUGAAAAUAUAAUAGAAGAUCAGAAAGAUUUUGUGUUUGUGAAGUAUAAUGGCCUUCAUCUGAAGUCCAUGGAGAACCUGCAGACCUGCAUCUCUCUGAGAGUGUGCAUCUUCUCUAACAACUUCGUUACUGACAUUCAGCCACUGCAGAGCUGCAAAAAGCUCAUCAAACUUGAUCUCCAUGGAAACCAGAUAAAGACUCUUCCAGAUAGAAUAUUUUGGAGUGGACUUAAGAACCUAAAACUCCUCUAUCUUCAUGACAAUGGAUUUGCCAAACUGAAGAACAUCUGUGUGUUGUCUGGUUGUGUAAGCCUCAUAGGGCUGACCAUGUUUGACUGCCCAGUGAGCCUGAAGAAAGGCUACAGGCAUGUUCUUGUCAACAGUAUCUGGCCUCUAAAAGCUCUGGACUACCAUGUAAUAUCCGAUGAAGAAAUCAUUCAGAACUGGCGUCUUCCAGAGAGGUUUAAAACAUUCAGCCACAAUCUGUACUUUAACCUUUACCCAGCACUGAUAAAGGGUACAUCCUAUGAAGAUGAAAUAAAAAAUAUCAAACAUAUAAUUUCAAGUAUUAAUGAAAUUCUGGCUCAUAAUUCACCAGUGUUGAUUAUCCAAAGAUGGAUACGUGGUUUCAUAGUUAGGAAACACUUAAGCCCCUAUUUAACACGUAAAAGGCAUCCCGGCAAAAUGAUUAGGGUACUUGAAACAAAAUUGAUCUGCAUAGGUAGAAGUAAUGAAGACAAAUUCUUGGAGGAUAUCUUCCUUAUCAAGCCUGAAUCUAACAUAAAAGGGAAGGUUGCACACUGGAAACAAAUGAGAUAUUCUCCUGCUGACUUUAAAUAUUCUGCUGAGUACAGAAAACACAUUUCCUGUCUUUCUUAUGAAUUGAAAACAAAAGAUAUUGAUGGAAAAUCAAAACAACCAAGACAUCGCAUUCAGAAAGGUCAGAAGGAGAUGAGAGCUGAAUCGGAAGAUGAGGACGUGGACACCAAGUUUAGGAUAUCUGCAAUGAAGAUCCCUCUGUACUCCUCCAGAUCACUCAAGUAUGGGACAAUGCUGAAGGAGAUGAAAUGGGACUAUUUCCCGGAAUAUCUCCAGCCAUUUCCUGCUACUCGUCAAAAGCCACCCGUUAAAAGAGAGACUCAACGGGAGCUAAAGGAAAGGAGAGAGUUUCUAGCCACACAGAGGGCUGGCAUGAAGCUCAGCAUGUUUAAUGAUGUUGAUAAAUAUUACUCAGAACAAAAGCAGCAAGAGGAAGAAGCAAAAAAAUUUGCAGCCAUGGUUGCAGCACAAGUUGCCCAGGAAAGAGCUAGGCUCAACAUAGGAGAGAAUUUAAGAAAGAAAAUUUCUAGGACAAGAAGACUAAUGGAAAAGGAUAAUGAGAAAAUCCAGAAAGGCUUACAGCAAAUUUGGAAGGAGAAACUCACCUACCUGGAAAAAGUUAGAGAGCGGAAGUCUAUGUUUCUAGCUGAAAAAAAACUAAAUGCUGCAGACCAGUCUUUAGUUCUUUCUCUCAACAAUGAGAGAUCCAUUCUGCUCCGAGGAAUGGUUCAAGUUGACAAACUCAAGCGAAACUUGGCUCAAAUAAAAGCAAAGCACUUAGAUGUUAACGAAAAAUGGGAAAGACAGAACUAUAAGCAUAAUUUGUUAAUGGAAAUGAAGAAGCUGAGGGCAGAAGAAAUCCAUAAAAGGCACUGUGAAGAGAAAUUUGUCAUUGAUACACUCAUCUUACGAAAAGGCUGUGAAAGACUUGAGGAGGCUAAAGCAAAAGUUGAAUUUAUUAAGACAUAUUAUACCUCUAGGUCUCACAAAAAGAAUAUUAAUGAAGCAAUGCCAGAUCACAUCUGAUGAUAGUUGUGAAUUGUAUCACUAUUUUUACUUAAAAGGUUUUGAGAUCAUACUUGGAAGACAUGCGCUACACAAGACAGAUAUGAGGAUAGCCAUGUUCAGGAUUAGAGAGAAGAUAUCCCCAAGUGUUUCUGGUACUGACUACAAUGCAAAUCCCGUUGACUUUUCACUCAUGAAUGGUCACUAUGUAUCUAUGUGCCCAAGAGGGAAUCAAAGCUAUAUGACAUCUUCAUACAAAACUCUUCCAAAGACUGCAGAUUUUCAUAGGCUCUAACAAUGACAAUUUGUAAAGCUACUUGAAAUAUUCUCUUGUGAUUUUCUACCUUAUUGCCAGAUUUUAUUAAAAUAUUAUAUGCACUAAAAACUUUAAUUACCAAAUUUCAUAUAUUGAAAUAUAUUUCCUGUUUACCUUAUUAAGACAAUUUUUACAUUUUUAAGUUUUCAAAAUAGAAGUUUUACCAAUGUAUCAACUACUUAUAUUAAUAAAAAUAAAAGACAUUUUAUGGAA